UUCAUUUUGGGAUGUUUGUUUGGCAACAAGCUCUAUUAAAUAACUACUUCUUUUAAGUAAUAAGAAAUAAUUUAAACUUUCCUCUCCUCCUGUGGUCGCUCCCUUUACCUUGCAUUGACAGGACUGAAAGAAUACUUCAAGUAAGCCAUGGCGUUUCUCAUGAAUCAAAUGUUGAGCAGUAAGUUGAAGAGUUUUUCCGGAGGAGGUGGUGGAGACGACAGUAAAACAGCGGCAGGUGGGAUGGAAACGGCCGAGUCCAAAGGCAUGUCCAGGGAGGAGUUUGAAGAGUACCAGAAGCAGCUGGUGGAGGAAAAGAUUCAACGUGACAAGGACUUUGCUGAAAAGAAGGCUGAGAGGGCAAAUCUGAGAAUCGCACUCAGAGAUAAAUACCGUCUACCUGAUAGUGCUCAAGAUUCUGCAAUGUCUCAGAUGGCUGGCGAUGACGUUGACCUGCCUGAGGAGCUGGCGAAAAUGGUGGAUGAAGACGAAGAGGAAGAGGAGACCAACGAUUCUUUCAUGAAUAAGCUUCAAAAUGUGGAUCUGGAUGCACUGAAAACCAAAGCCCAGAGCACAAUGACUGAGUUAAAGCAAACUGCAGAGGAAAAAUGUACCGUCAUGUAAUGCAUAAAUACACAUUAUUCAUGGUCCAAACCCAGUCUUUCAGGAAAAAAAAAAACAAUUGCAUAUUGUUGCUGAACUGUCAUUUUUACACUUUCUCUCAUUAUUUGUAUCAUAGAACCACUUUAAAAAGCUUCUUUACUGCAAAGUUCUUAGUUUUCUAGUUUUUAUAUAUAUACAUACUGUAUAUAUCUAUUGCAUUGUUUUGGUUAAAGUAUAUGGAACGUCUUGAUUGAAUGUAUUAUUUUUAAAGACAAUUUUUUACAAAAAAAAUCCAGAUUGAGCUGAUCAUGUGACUUGUCCGCAUUUAACCGACCCCUUUCCUUCAUGUCCCUGUCCUCCCCCUGCAGCUGACCAUCCCCCUUUCCCCCUGUAAGCUGACACAGCGCCUUCAAACAUUAGCUGCUUUCGUCCUAAUAGGAUCUGGAGGACUUAUAUUGUCAUCUGAUAAAACUAAGGCGCUUGAUAGCUGUGCUGCACCCUCUUAACCAAUUUGUACUCAAUUAGGAUAAUGGGAAAACAAGCAAAGAGGGACAGCUUUAAUAUAUUAAUGUGAUAAAAUGAUUAUCAGUUUCUCUUGUCUUUGACUUGGGUGCUAUUAGGAGCAUGUCAUAAGGCUAAUAUCAGCAUAAACCAAUGAUGAAGGAGGGGGCAAACAAUAAAAAAACAACAUGAGAAAUUUUAAUUAGAUUUAAAUCAGGAUUAGACCUUAUCUGUCAAAAGUAAAAACAGGAAUUCAUAGUACAGAUGUCUAAAUAGACAAGUGAUAUUUUGAUUUUUAUUUUAUUGUGUCUCUUGAUUAUUUGUGGCUCAUUUAAAAAAUAUAUAUUAAAACUGAAAUAUUGUCAGUUGUUCCAGGCCUUUGUCUUUGAUGUUACAGAGCAGGUGAUGAACCACUCUGGUUGUGUUGAAGUUCCUUGAUUUGGGACAUUGCAAGUCAGAGAAAGGUUUCGAAAAUCCAAAAACAUCAGAGGCCUGACUUUCUUUAUAGUCACCAUAUGGCAGCAACCUGCUCUGUGGCAAAUCCUUGUGGGCAUCUUUAAGUCCUUGUGGGCAUUUUUAAGUCCUUUACUUCAUUCAAAGACAAAAGUAAUGGGCUUUUCAAACUCCCCAUUCUUGGAAAGCAGCAUUGACAACCAAGAAAAUGUUGUCAGCCAAAAAGCCUGGUAAUCCACAACCAGUCUGUUCAGAGAGGGCAGGGGUAAGUUAAGCAUUUAAAAUUCAGCUGCUCUGAGUUGUGCACAUUGUUAGUUCAUGUCAGGACACUGAAAGUUUUCAUCUGUUAUUCAACAAAACUGUUUGCAUCGUGCAGAAUUUGCAUUCACUGCAAACACAAUGAAGCAAGACGAUAUUUUAAAAGAAUUGGUCCACUGUAGAAAAAGAAAAAUUCCUAGACGGAAACAUUGAAUAAUUAUCAUUUUAAAAGGCUGUGUAAAGCUUGAAUUAUUUUCAAAAUUUCAAUGCAUAUUAAAUUUAAGGUUGGUAUAACUGCAAUAUUUUACCAACAAACAAGGUUAUUUCUAACAUUUAUUGCUAAAGGUUUGUGGAAAAAAAAACUCAUGCAAUGCAUAGAAUAUGUGUUCUGACACAUGACUCUCAGCUACUACCACAGCAAACUUUAGCUUUUUAUCUGUAAAUAAAUGUGAUCGAAUUGUA